AUGCACGCAUCCACGCCGCCCGUGUCAACGAUCACGUCUCCCCCGCUCGGUGUGGGCGCCUCCAAACGCUCCAUAACCGCUAAAAGCGUCGUCAAAUCGCACCAGACGCUCGAUUUGGCGCCGCCGCGUCGACAUCUCGCUGAGAUUUCAAUCGCGCGCGCGUCGGUCACGACGCCCCCGGAGCGCGCGAAGGCGUCACUCACGACGUCUGUGACACCCUUAGUGAUGACACUGUCGGCGUGUGCGAUCGCGGGGACGUACGCGGUGGUGCGAGCGUCCGACGCCGCGCGCCGGGCGAGCGACGCCUGGGCGGCGGCGGCGAGCGACGCGUCGAGCGCGGCGCGAGAGAUUGAAAAGCUUGCCGUCGUGGCGACGACGGAGUUGCCGUCGACGCUGGACGCGAUGGAACAGAGCGCGUGCGAGGUAGAGCUGUUAGCGAGCGAGACUCGGGAGAUAUUGGCGCGAUUGGACGGCACAGAGUACGUGGAGAACCUGAAGGCGGAAAUCGAAGCAAGGAUGAAGGAUCCGACGAAGGAUUUCAGGGAUCUGAGCGAUGAUUUGAGUGAGUACGUGACGAAGAUGACACGGGAGCUAGGACAGGUGAUGAGCACGGUGGGGAUAUAUCUGGACGAUGGUACUUUCGACGACGACGUGAAGGAGAUGUCGACGGAGGAGAGGUUGAUUCGGAGGAAGAGCAUCAACGAAGCCGUUGCGGCGGCGAAGGAGACGACGGAGAACGCAGCCGCGUUGACGACGAGGUUGCAGGAGGGGGCAAAAACGCAGGGGAGAGAUCUUGCGGAGAUCGUGGGGAAGAUCGCGCUCGCGAGCGAGGAAGUAUCCAAAGCAAUGAACCGACUGGGCGAGGCCACAUCUGGGCAGACGGGAUUCGGACGCGAGCGAGAGAAGAAAUGA